AUGGAAAUCCAGCUCGGUCCAUGCAGCGACUACAUUGUACUGAAUGAGGCAUCGAGGAACGUCCAAAACAAAGCUAAGGCGGACGGUUGUGACAGUGGGUUUGCCGGAGAGUGGUACCGUUUCAUGGAGCCUGCUGGAACUGUCAUGCCCACAGAAGCGCCCCCGGAAUCGCACAGAUGCGGAACCCAUGCCCCGAUGUGGAUGAACGGACAACACCCCACCCGUGCUGACGGCGCAGUGUCCCGCAAGGCGUGUGCCUACUGGGACGGUAACACCUGUACUUGGUCAACCACUAUCCAUGUGCUGGCCUGCCCCCACGGUUACUUCGUGUAUAAACUACCCAAGUCUCCUGCGUGUUCUCUGGUCUACUGUGGGUCGUCGGUACUAAGUGAGUAA